CUGGAUCUAACGUUCCAUGACUCGAGCUUUCUGUACAAACAUUUUCGGAAAGAUAUGUCUUUCAUUCCUCCGUUGUGGAUCAUUACUCUUGGCAUUCUGCUACGCAACAUGGCCAACAUACGCCCUCUGCAAAACCUGCUUAGUGGAGAACAUCACUCUGUCCGAAACCUCAUUGUGCAUGUGCCACGGACCACCGGUCUAUUUAAUGAGCUUGACUCUUCUCAUCACCUCCGAAUCUCCAGGUUACAAACCAUCACCCUCGACAUAUGGGACUACCCUGAUGACACCAGGGACCAACACCUACUCAAGUGGUGGAUUGAGAAUCUCAGACAGUGCAUUGAGAUUCGCUGUAUCACCUUUUGCAUCAUGUUGGGUAACAUGAAUAUGGGUGAUCUUGCCGUAUGGAAGGGUUUGAAUGAACUUCUGUCCAAGGGCAGAUUCCCUGCCUUGGGGGCAGUGAUCAUAACGGUGCAUACAAAGCGGACGUCGAUAGAUGUUGGCUCAGUGAAGCGGGAUAUUGAAAGUCAGUUUACUGAUAUUCGAGUUCAUGUGGUGGUUACGCGUUACGCGUUGCAAUGAUGCUGACCGAGUGUGUUGUAGGGUUAUGUCAACUCUGCAAAAUUGAUUAAUUAGCACAAUCAAUGGGUUUGGAGUACUGGUAAUCCAUAUUCUGUCAGAUAACUUGCUAAGACAGGAAUCAAGCGAAGCUCAAUAUCUUGAGUGUUGACUGGAUUCCGCGACCCGUACAAGUAUAUUCACCGUCAUGGGCACUUCAG